AUGAGCAAAAGUGGGAGCAGCAGGUGGGUCGUUUUGGCGGGCCCAAUGCCGUCCAGGGGAUACCAGCCGCUGCUUUACGUGGAGACCUGGGGGUGGCUUUCCAGAUACCUGCCCCGUCUCCCUGCCCUGCUUCUGAAUGGGCCCAAGUUCCAGGCUCCAUUCAGCGAGUUGCUGCGGGAAGCUCGUGUGGAAGAUCCAUUCCUGAGGAACUGGAUCGAUUACCUUUGCUUCGUGCUGCAGGCGUUGGCAGCUGACGAGCAUCCUUCAGCUCCAGUAGCCUACAUGGUCUCAGACAUGUACACGUCUGGGGCCGUUCUCGACUACCCCAAAGGUGGCAUGGGGGCCUUGGUGGACGCCCUUGUGCGCGGGUUGGAGAAGCAUGGGGGUCGCAUCCGUUAUGGCAGUCAUGUCGACAGUGUCAUGGUCGACGGCCGAGCCAAAGGAGUUCGCUUGAAAAAUGGCCAGGAGAUCCGUGCACGGGAGGCCGUGGUGAGCAAUGCCAGCGUUUGGGACACAGCACGGCUGCUGCCAGAGUCCACCUGGUCUGCACCGAUGCCUAAAGAGUGCGGGUCCUUCAUGCACCUGCACCUGGGCUUGAGGGCAGAGGGACUUCCCACAGACAUGCCCUUGCACUACAGCGUCAUUCGCGACUGGAAGGAGCCCAUCGAUGCCACGGGCAACGUGGUGAUCAUUAGCGUGCCCAGUGUGGUAAACCCAGAUCUUGCCCCACCGGGCAGACACUGCCUUCAUGCUUACCUGGCGGCCACCGAGCCCUGGGAGCUUUGGCAGAGCCUUGACCGCCGCAGCCCCGAGUACGCGGAGCUGAAGCGGCGAAGGGCGGAGCCCCUCUUCGAGGCGGUGGAGCGAGCUGUGCCUGGAGCACGUGAGCGAAUUGACGUGGAGCUGAUUGGAUCGCCUUUGACCCACGCCAGGUUCAACCGGAGGCACGCGGGCACCUAUGGGCCUUUGAUGCCAAGCGAUGCUGGCAUGCUGCCCGGCCCGUCGACCCCGGUGGAGGGCCUGUUUUGCUGUGGCGACAGCACCUUCCCAGGCAUCGGAGUACCGGCUGCGAGCGGCUUUUCUGCUGCCAACGCACUGCUGUCGGUUGAGAAGCACUUGGAGGCUCUGGACGCAAUGCGGAUCCCGUAA